ACUGGCUCACUGAGUGUGGCCGGAUCUGACCUGACCUGACAUCACGGCUUCACCUGACCUGACCUGAAGGCUGGAGCACACCUGCAUCCCCCCAAGCUAUUGUCCUGGCCAUAUGGGUCAACAUUUCAAGGGAGUGGUUUGGAUCAAAAUGGUACGAUAAAAGUACGAAAAAUUAAUCGUACUUUCGUAUUAUACUGAACUUUGAAAAAAAAAUAUUGAACCGAAAUAUCGAACCGAACUUUUAUCACCCUCAUAACUGUACCGUACCGUACUGCAUGCUCUGCAUGUGGUUAUCAUGUGCAACUCUUUUUUUUUCAAUCAUAAUUAAUAUUUGUCAUGUUCAAAUGCUAUACAGUCCAUACUUCACUUUAACAACUAAUUAGUAACCUGAAAACAGUCAUUAAAGUGAAAAUUGUUAAUGUGGUGAGUUUAGUUUACAUGCUAAAUGGGUCAAUUGGUACCAGCCCGCAGACACUUUUCACCCCCUAUAACCCCUAUAAACCCCACAAAAAAUUACAACCACUUAUUCACAUACAUGUAGAGUUAAUAACUAAUACUGUAAUGAUUAACCUUUUGACACUCAUUGAACUGCUUAAUGAGAUUGUUUGCUGUCAUCCGAGGCAGGGGAGUGGUGUUAGUGCCCUCCUGCCCCCACACUCUCAUACUGCGCUGCUUCCCCUGUGCCACCACCAACUGAUCCUACAGUCUCAAAGCCAGUGGUCUAGAGUAAACAACAGUCAAUUGGUGUCAGAGGUGGUGAAGAUCACAACCCACAGACCCAACUCCUUUUGGCGUUGCAGUGCACUGGUGAACCUCUUACCGUUUCAGAAGGUUGUUGUAGAGUACAGCUCGCCCAACAUAGCCAAGCCAUUCCACAUCGGUCAUCUUCGGUCCACCAUUAUUGGAAACUUUAUUGCUAACCUGCACGCAGCUCUCGGCCAUAAUGUGACUCGCAUAAACUACCUCGGUGACUGGGGUACACAGUUUGGGAUUCUGAAAUAUGGAUAUGAUGCGAGAAACAUUACAGAAAAGGAUUUAGAGGAAGAUGCCAUAAAAAAGCUGUAUGAAGUAUACGUAUGGGCUAACCAAAAAGCAGAAUCAGACCCCAGUGUAAGCAGUAAAGCUCGAGACAUAUUUAAUAAAAUGGAACAAGGAGACAAUAGGGAACUGGAAACUUGGGAAUUUUUCAGAAAUGUGUCUAUAAAAGAGUUUAAACACGUAUAUGAACGUCUUAAUGUAAAAUUUGAUGAAUAUCAUGGUGAAAGUAUGUAUAGCGCUCAGAAAUGUCAAGAGGUAUUAAAACUAUUGGAGCAGAAGAAUCUUCUGCAGACUUUAGAGGAUGGAAGAAAAGUGUAUGAGGUAAAUCCCAAACAAAAAGUGACUGUUGUCAAGAGUGAUGGAUCCAGUAUAUACCUCUCGAGAGAUAUUGCUGCAGCCAUACACAGACAAGAAGAGUAUAAAUUUACCAAAAUGUACUAUGUUGUUGAUAAUUCACAAUCAGAUCAUUUUGUUGCCUUAUUUAGCAUUAUAAGGAAUCUGGGCUUUGAAUGGGCUGAGAGUAUGACCCACAUUAAAUUUGGACGGAUUCAGGGUAUGAGCACUCGCAAGGGAACGGCAAUCUUCUUACAAGACCUUCUGGAUGAAGCACAAGAGAUCAUGAUGCAGAAGCAGCAGGAGACAGAAACCACUAGAGAUGAUGUGCGACUCAGUGGUGCAGAAACAGCUGGAAGAGUAGCAACAUCAUGUGUAUUAAUUGGGGAUAUGAAGCAACGGCGUCAAAGAGAUUACGUCUUCUCUUGGGACAAAGCACUACAGAGUCGUGGUGAUACAGGAGUCAAGCUGCAGUAUGUUCACUGUCGCCUUUUAAGCCUGGAAGGAAAUUGUGGUGUAGAUUAUAACCCAGAAGCAAACACCAGCUGCCUCACAGAACCACAAGCUCUCACUCUUAUAAUGGAAAUUGCAAGAUUUGAUGAAGUUUUGGUUCAGACCUACAGAGAACUAGAGCCAUGUAUACUUGUCAGCUACUUGUUUAAACUCUGUGGAACCAUCAACAAUGCCAUCAAGCUCUUACAAGUUAAAUCAGCUCCCCUGGAGGUCGCAGAAGCCAGACUAGCACUCUUCAUGGCAGCAAGACACACACUUGCUGCUGGCAUGAAUAUUUUAGGAGUUAAACCUCUAAGCAAAAUAGCUGAUCACCCGAGAAGGUUGGACAACUACUUCCAUGGUUCAUCAAGGCAGGUGAAAUAAAUUUACCAAAAGUCGGUCAUUAUGAUAGUAUCAAUAAAACGUUUAAUUCAGAAAACCUUACCCUAAAAAAUAUACACAAAUUACUUCCCAGACUACAAUAAUGCAGUAGUUACCUGGGUUGUUACCGCUCAUUAGUAAUAGAUAGAUAGAUGAUUAAUACUGGUAUAUAGAUAGAUAGGUAGACAGAUACAUAUAUAUAGAUAGUUGGGUAUACUGAUACAUAUACACGGGGGGUCCCCUGGUUACGAAUGGAUUCCUUUCCUGAGGACGUUCUUAAGUCAGAUUCUUACGUAAGUCGGAACACAUGCUAUGUGCAUACCUUAAUUACAGAACAAUGUUUAAAAUCCC